CCACCGCACGCGACCGGAUAUACCACUCGGAUGCCGCUCUAUAAAUAGGAACCGCCCGCUAGGCCAUUUCACUUUUUCGAGCUGCUCUUCCUCGCGCGGCGUCCCGAUUCGAAGCGUGCGAAGAGAGCGAAGCAGCGCGGAGAGGUAAGGUUGUAGAUGGCCCGUACCAAGCAAACCGCUCGCAAGUCCACGGGAGGAAAGGCUCCCAGGAAGCAACUUGCAACCAAGGCUGCACGUAAGUCAGCCCCCACUACUGGAGGAGUGAAGAAGCCCCACCGCUACCGCCCUGGAACUGUUGCCCUCCGUGAGAUCCGCAAGUACCAGAAAAGCACCGAGCUGUUGAUCAGGAAGCUGCCCUUCCAGAGGCUUGUUAGGGAAAUCGCACAGGACUUCAAGACUGAUCUGCGUUUCCAGAGCCAUGCAGUGCUUGCCCUCCAGGAGGCUGCAGAGGCAUACCUUGUUGGUCUGUUUGAGGACACCAACCUGUGCGCCAUCCAUGCUAAGCGUGUGACCAUCAUGCCUAAGGACAUUCAGCUGGCCAGGAGGAUCCGUGGCGAGAGGGCGUAAUCCCUUCAGUGAUCGUGACAAAUUAAGUCUCAUGUCGUAGUAAUCGUUUAAUCUGGUGGCUUGUCAAGGACAUCCAAGUAGGGUUUAUUUUGUGGAACAUAUGUUUCUGUUCAGCACUAUAUAAUGGUAACCAACCUUGUUGGUGUUACUAUUAGUUCUGUCGGAUACCUGAAUUGUUUAUCUUAUGUCUAGUUGUCGGAUACUUAGAAUUGUCGAUCUUAUGUGACUGCUGGUGCUGCGUUGAUGGUAUGUGCCAUUCGUGUGCGUUGUUGCUGUAGACUAGCAGUGUCGUCUUGCCUGCACUGCUCACUUCCUGGUCUGUUAGAUGUGAAGUAUUGUGUUGCUGUA